AUUAUGGUUAUAAAGGAAAAUACUUCCGACAUAGGGAAUGGGACAGUUAAAUCUAUAAGGAAGUUUAGUAGGAGUAAGAAAAAAAAUUGGAGGAAAUUUUUAAGUACAAAAGAUGUCGAAGCAAAAGCGGAAGAAUUUCUUUUGGAAAAUUUAACCGGGGGCCCAGUUUCUAAAAAAGCAGAUGCUGAACUUUUUGUCAUAGACAAGGGUUUACAUCGCGGGAAAUAUCAGGAGUCUUUUUUGCAAGCGUCAAAAGCUAACUCUGCUAAGCAAACUCGAAAAGAUUUUAGGGCAAUUUGUAACUCAUUAUACUGCGAGAGGAUGCUCCUCCCUAACCCCCACGUAGAGUCCAUUCGUGGAAGAGAGAAAAAGAAAAGCAAGAAAUUCUGUUAUAAGAAAGUAGCCCAAAGGUUUUUAACUGGAAAACAAGAUGAGUCUACUUUUGUAGGGACCCCAAAAGAUCUAUGGUGUGAAGAAGUACACAAUGCCAACCUGUCUUCUUGGGCCAACGUAAACUUUGAAAACUUUGUGAAACCCGCUCAAAAAGCUUUUGCGACAGGGAAGUCGAAGCCCCCUUUAGCGAAACUUAGGAGGGCUGUAGUUCCUUGCCAUCCCGGGUUAUCUUGCAAUCCCUCUCUUGCUGAUCAUGGAAGAGCGCUUCUCACCACGGCAAGUCAGAUAGCCUUCCAGAACAUGAAUUCAAUACCUCUAGGUCAUCAAUUUCCACUCUCUUUGGCGAAGUCAUUUCGGACAAAUGUUAGCGCUAGUAGGCGAACUUUUCAUAAGAAGUUUCUUAUGCAAUCUAAUAGUGAGAAGAAUUUAAGCCUUAGAAAAAAAAGCAUCUUUCAAGUUGCUAACAAAUCAAACAAAGUUCAGGAGAGAAAGAAGACCGCCCAACGAAAUAAGGAAGCAAGACAACGAGCCCUCCAACGCGCUGCUCGUCGGAAAAAGUUCGAAAAGAGACGGUCUCACGAGUUUUUUCGAGCCAGGAAGCAUGUGCUUGAGAUAGAAAAGAAAAGCGAACUGACUCAGUUAGCCGCAAAGAGACGCAGGAUGAAAAAACUUUUUUCAGAGCUGCAGCCAAAAAGAUUCGGGAGGCUGAAGUAUCAGCCGGAACACCUCGAUGUUCAGAUCGGUGAAGAACUCAGCGGGACUCUCCGCGCUAUAACGCCUAAAUCCGAUUUUCUACGAGAGCGAUUCCGUAGCUUUCAAGAGAGAAACAUAAUCGAAACCCGGAAAAGAAACAGACAGAGGCGCAAGUACAAACUUAAAGAAUACGAAAAACGUUCCUUCAAAGCUCGAGCCGACGAAUAAUGGCUUUCAUGGAUGCAAGCUGUUUGACAGCAUCGGAAAGCCUUUCGUCUUUUGGUCUGUAGGGAGACUUUUAUGUUAAU